AUGGACGGCGAGUCGCGGCCGCCGGCGGCGGCCAUGGAGGACGCCGCAUCGAGGGUGCUCGGCGACGACGACCUCCUCAUCGAGAUCCUCGUCCGCGUUGGCUUCCCUACCACCCUCGUUCGCGCUGCGGCCGUCUGCAGGAGCUGGUACCUCCACGCAUCCGAUCGCAGGUUCCUCCGCCGUUUCCGCGACCGCCACCCAUCCCGCCUCCUCGGAUUCUACUUCUUGGGCGACGACUGUUCAGCGCAGACCACACACUUCGUGCCGAUGCUGCCUCAGCCUCAAGAGCUCGCCGCCGUCGUACGCCGAAUAAGCUCCAACUUCGACGCCUACCAGAGGGCACUAUGGGUGCCGAACUAUAUCUUUGGCUGCCGGAACGGCCGCAUCGUUCUCAGCGAACAUGAUAGAUUGGGAGUGUACAACAUGCUGUGUCCUCCUGAGACGAUGUGCAUGACCAUGUUCCCACCGCGCCCACUCCCCAUACUGCCGGAUGGCUGUUCCUAUACUUACUCGGCAAUCCUCUCCAAAGAAGAAGAAGAAGAAGAAGGUCUCUUGUUGUCUUACUGGUAUUUGAUGAUGCAUUCUACCAUGGAUGGAAAGUAUACUAUGCAUGUUCCGUAUAUGUUGCAAGACGAUGCCUGGUUGAUACAUAAUUUGGCCAUAGACCAGAUCCCUCGCCCACCAUCACAACAAGUUGUGCUUGUCGAAGAUAAAAUCUAUAUGGCAGCUGGUCAGACCGAUAUUACUGUGUUGGAUUUGACAGCCUCCAGUUUCUCCACAAUUCGGCUGCCCAAAGGGGUGGAGCUUUGCGAGGGAAGCACCAUGUUGUCAAGGGCCAACGAUGCCACCAGUGUGUACCUCCUCCAUCUCAAGGGGCUUCAACUUCGCAUCUGGUUCCACAAGGGGGGCACCUGGUCGCCUUUGAACAGCAUAUGUUUGCAUGACAUGUGUGCUAGUUUGGGUAUGUCAGACUGCAAUUAUCUUCCACAAAUAAGCAUGGUGGGGGACAAUGUGGAAUUUGUGUUAUUGGAGAUGGGUCGGUCCAUACUAUACUUGGAUGUCAAGUGCAGGACACUACGUAGAGUGUAUGAGUUGGCAAAUGAGGAUCGAAGUAGUUUGGGUUAUAUCCAUCCUUUUAUGAUGCCCUGGCCACCCGUAUUCCCUGCGCUAAAGAACGGCUCUGCAAGAGUGGCGUCUGUCGAAUGGUCAGAGUUGACAGUAUUUGGAUCGCCCAUACCAAGAUGCAAGGAAGACAAGCAGAAGCAGCUAGACAGUUAUUGA